CUGUGGCUUUAUCUGACCUAUAAUUAUGAAGUACACAUGUCGUACAUCAGCCGCUGGCUACCAACAAAGGCUCAAUAUCCAAGAUGGCGGCAAGUGAGGAAUCUAAGGUUGCCUUUGUAGAGCCAAAGAGGGAAAUUUUCCAACCGCAAGACGUAGCCAAAUGGGAGAGCUCACAGGCUUAUCAUGACCUAGUGGAGUUUAUCUUGUUACUGGGAGAGGCAGUAAAAAACAAGAAAACACGAGUAGAGCUUAAUAUCUCAGAGAACUGCCUUAAACUUAUUGAAGUUCUGGAUACAAUGGACAAAUGGAUUGAAGAGAUCCCACCAGUUGAACAGCCCCAGAGAUUUGGGAAUAAAGCAUUUAGGGAUUGGUUUGAUAAGAUGGAAGAGAACUCUGAGGCUUUUGUUAAGUCUUUGUUAUCUGAGGAAUACCAAGGAGCCACAGUAGAACUUAGGGCUUAUUUCAAAGAUAGUUUUGGUAACAGAGUGAGAAUUGACUAUGGAACAGGCCACGAGGCAUCUUUUGUUUGCUUCUUGUGCUGUUUGUUCAAGCUCCGUAUAUUACAAGAUUCAGAAAAAGAUGCUAUAGUAUUAAGGAUAUUUAACAGAUAUUUAAGCAUGAUGCGCAAGCUACAGAAUACAUACAGAAUGGAGCCUGCAGGAAGUCAGGGCGUCUGGGGCUUAGAUGACUUUCAGUUUCUGCCAUUCAUAUGGGGCAGUGCCCAACUCAUAGGUCAUCGACAAAUGUCCCCUAAAGCAUUUUUGGAUUCUUCAAUUGUUGACUCAUUUUACAAGGACUACAUGUUCCUGGAUUGCGUCCGGUUUAUAAACACUAUGAAAAGUGGUCCGUUUCAUGAACACUCCAAUAUCUUGUGGAACAUUAGCGGGGUGCCAAACUGGGGCAAGGUCAACUCUGGUCUCGUCAAGAUGUACAAGGCGGAGGUUCUGUCCAAGUUCCCUGUUAUUCAGCAUUUUGUUUUUGGAAAUUUGAUGUCAAUCGAGCCAGCAGAAUGUUUCAAGAAGCCACCUCAGCCUCAAUAGAAUGUUAGCUACUUUACUUUUCCUCUACUAAAAGUCGCAAUAGAAUGUUAGCUACUUUACUUUUCCUCUACUAAAAGUCGAAUAGAAUGUUAGCUACUUCACUUUUUCUCUACUAAAAGUCGCAAUAGAAUGUUAGCUACUUCACUUUUCCUCUACUAAAAGUCGCAAUAGAAUGUUAGCUACUUUACUUUUCCUCUACUAAAAGUCGCAAUAGAAUGUUAGCUACUUUACUUUUCCUCUACUAAAAGUCGAAUAGAAUGUUAGCUACUUCACUUUUCCUCUACUAAAAGUCGAAUAGAAUGUUAGCUACUUCACUUUUCCUCUACUAAAAGUCGAAUAGAAUGUUAGCUUCUUUUCUUUUCCUCUACUAAAAGUCGCAAUAGAAUGUUAGCUACUUCACUUUUCCUCUACUAAAAGUCGAAUAGAAUGUUAGCUACUUCACUUUUCCUCUACUAAAAGUCGAAUAGAAUGUUAGCUACUUCACUUUUCCUCUACUAAAAGUCGCAAUAGAAUGUUAGCUACUUUACUUUUCCUCUACUAAAAGUCGCAAUAGAAUGUUAGCUACUUUACUUUUCCUCUACUUAAAGUCGAAUAGAAUGUUAGCUACUUCACUUCUCUCCUACUAAAAGUCGCAAUAGAAUGUUAGCUACUUCACUUUUCCUCUAUUAAAAGUCGCAAUAGAAUGUUAGCUACUUCACUUUUCCUCUACUAAAAGUCGCAAUAGAAUGUUAGCUACUUUACUUUUCCUCUACUAAAAGUCGCAAUAGAAUUUUAGCUACUUCACUUUUCCUCUACUAAAAGUCGAAUAGAAUGUUAGCUACUUUACUUUUCCUCUACUAAAAGUCGCAAUAGAAUGUUAGCUACUUUACUUUUCCUCUACUAAAAGUCGCAAUAGAAUGUUUUAGCUACUUCACUUUUCCUCUACUAAAAGUCGCAAUAGAAUGUUAGCUACUUUACUUUUCCUCUACUAAAAGUCGCAAUAGAAUGUUAGCUACUUCACUUUUCCUCUACUAAAAGUCGAAUAGAAUGUUAGCUACUUUACUUUUCCUCUACUAAAAGUCGCAAUAGAAUGUUAGCUACUUUACUUUUCCUUCACUAAAAGUCGCAAUAGAAUGUUAGCUACUUUACUUUUCCUCUACUAAAAGUCGCAAUAGAAUGUUAGCUACUUUACUUUUCCUCUACUAAAAGUCGAAUAGAAUGUUAGCUACUUCACUUUUUCUCUACUAAAAGUCGAAUAGAAUGUUAGCUACUUCACUUUUCCUCUACUAAAAGUCGAAUAGAAUGUUAGCUACUUUACUUUUCCUCUACUAAAUGUCGCAAUAGAAUGUUAGGUACUUUACUUUUCCUCUACUAAAAGUCGCAAUAGAAUGUUAGCUACUUUACUUUUCUUCUUCUAAAAGUCGCAAUAGAAUGUUAGCUACUUUACUUUUCCUCUACUAAAAGUCGCAAUAGAAUGUUAGCUACUUUACUUUUCUUCUUCUAAAAGUCGCAAUAGAAUGUUAGCUACUUUACUUUUCCUCUACUAAAAGUCGCAAUGGAAGGCUGCCAGUGCGCUCAAAAUGGGCGGUGCUCCGCGACUGGAGCUUCGCCCCAUGUGCUCUGCCUCUUAGGUACCAUAGUGGAAUCCUACGAAAUUCCCAAGUCGUGUCUGGAGUAACGAAAAUAGCAUACUAAACAGACCAUAAUGGAAUCCGAUUCAAAUAAAAGAAAAAAAUUACACUACUUGGGGAAAUUCACUUGGCCGCUCAACAUGUAAAUAAUAAUAAAAAAGACUUAUUAAAGUAUUAACUCUUUUAUAAAA